CAGCCAAUGAUAGUUAAUGCGAUACAUACUGUUGGUGAUCAAACAGUCGAGCCAGUGGCGUGCGUCGUAAAGCUUCAAAUCUCUCAUUCAUUUCGCGCGAUCAAGCUGUUGUCGGAUCAUAAAGUCUUCUUUCUAAUUUACGUUUAAUGUUAAAGAUGACGCCUCUACUUCGGUGGGUGUUGCUGGCGUUGCUGUUGGCCAUGGUGGUCGCGCAUCCGGUCGAGCACGCAUGCGUUUAUCUCUGCCGUGCACGGAACACCAGCCCCGAGAUUACGGGAGGCUGCGAGCACCAGCAGAAACUCGUUCUUCAGUCCAGCGGAGGCCGGUUCCCGAUUCACCGUCUCUUCAGGCUCUGCUUGACCCCGUGUCAUGGUUCGUCGGAUUUGCUCGUCUUCGACAACACCCAUACCUGUCGUACGUUUCGACAGACGCUUAUCCAGUAUCACGGCUGUUCCUGCGACGACGUAAAUUAUGGCGAAACAAGGAAUAACCAAGAAGAUCCUUCGACAGUCAAGAAAUUCGAAGAGGAUCAGUUGAAGGGGACCGAUGUAACGAGGAUGUUGGAGAAGGCGGGCGAACAACAGAUUGUUCGAGGUCAAAGUUUAAAGACCAAAGAUGUUCGUCGAUACAUCACGGAGAUCAAAGUGGAAAAGGAUAUAAUCCAAGCAGACUUUAAAGAUACCGACAAUUUAAAUAAAGCAGAAUCUGAAGAGACAUCUAAAGAUGCUGCUACUGGUAAUUUAGAGAAACCAGGCUCCAAAGAUGAUGCUUCUCGCACGGAAGAUUCCACGGAUGAAACAUCUGUAGACUGGGACCGAUGGUGUAUGAACCAAUGUGACAACGGUAAGGGUGGAAGCGCUUGUAACUGUGACAUAAUACCGUGAAGAGGAAGAUGGGCUUCCGGACGAUGAAGGCAGCAGAUUUACGAAUUUACAUAUCUCGUAGGUUAGUCGGAACAAUGGUACCGAUAGAUAUAAGGUUAGUUUCUUUGAUUGAUAACACGUAAACACCGUUUAUUUCGUGUACCUUUCUUUCUUUUCCUAAUCUAUGUAUAUUCCUCGAUAAUCCUCGUCGGGGCGAGAUUCGAUCGUAUAUUACGAUUCAUGUAUGCAAUUCCAAUAAUCGCGAUCGGCGGAUAAGAAAAGAGUAUUUCGUGUCUUUUAUCUGAAGAUGCUUUCGACCCAGCUGCUCGUUGUUAAUCUACCGAUCAACGAGAUAUCGACAAAGUAUGACUGUAGUGGAAUAUUUUUUUCGAAACGUUCGCAAUCUGCGAUUAUCGGUCUUUAGAUGGCUUAAUUGCUUUCCUAGGCUUAAGAGACUUCUUUAGACGCUAGGUCCGGUUCACGCGCUCAACGGGGGGAGCUUAACGACCAGAGAAAAAACUUUUUAUCAGACCGCAAUAGAGGGAUUUUCUUCGAGACAAAGGAGGCUUUUCGUUGUCACGAAUUAUCGACCGUUCUCCACGAUAAAAAUCACACAUCCUUCACACGGUAUUUACAGUUCAGGGAAACCAUAAAGAACACUGUGAGCAUCGUUCUAGAGGCGUGUGAACAGGACAAUAAAGUGCAAUGUGUGUAUUAUGCAAUAAACGAUAUUUAUACGUGGCAGCGGUGCAACAAACGCGUGCACCCGCGCGUCGAUAUACGUCUAGUUUCCUAAGAUUUCUUCUAGUUGUAAUAAAUAAUCUUUUACACAACGCCGGCGUAUCUUAAUUAAUAAUGCUGUAUUUAAUAUUAGGAUAUCAAUAGUUUAAGGUAUUUGUUAAGGGAAAUGAAACAAAAUCCAUGUCUUCCAAUUUCGUAGUUUCCUUCAUACUUCGCGUAUAAUCGAGCCUCGAACAUGAUCGGAUGUAAUAAUCCGACAGGCGAGCAGAACAAUGCAAGCAUGCGAGUACUUGUUGUAGUUGUUAUUUAGGUGAUUAUUUUUUGAACGCGAUCACGUUCCGGUUCGAGGGAAAUCGAUGGUGAUUGUAAAACGAUUCUUCGGGUUCCUUAGAACAAAACGUUCAUUUCGUUCAUUUUAUAUAGUGUGCCGUUCAAAAAAACGUUGUGACGCGACAAUAAGACGUAGAUUCUAGUAUGCCUGUGCGAUGCAAAACUUUGUCUUUCGCGCACUUUCGACACAUACAUCUAUCUGUUAAAGAAAAAA